AUGAAGGAAGCCGUGAUAAUUCCUCUGUUUGAUCACUUUGAACCGAUGAUUGUUGGUUCCUUACCUUAUGAGAAGGAUAUUGUUUAUAUUGUAUUCACUACAGGGCAAGGAGACUCUCGAGAUUCUUUUAAGGAGUUUUGGAGGUUUCUUCUUCAAGAAAACUUGGGAAACUCUUGGUUUCUACGAGUUUGCUUUGCAGUGUUUUGGUUAGGUGAUUCCGGUUACCAGAAGUACAAGUUUGUAGCUAAGAAUCUAGACAAAAGAUUACUACAUCUUGGGGCCACAAUCAUUAUCGAGAAAGGUCUAGGAGAUGAUCAACACCCAGCAGGGUAUGGAACAGUAGAAGAAACUCUUGAUCCGUGGAUGCUGCCCUUGUGGAGUAUGGUAUAUCAGAUCAAGCCCAAAUACUUUCCUAAAGGUCCAGAAGGGGCGAUUCUAGACAUAUUUGUUGAUUGGUGUUAUUUGAGAAGGAUCAUUGAUUACUCCCUGUAA